GACAGAGGCGAAUAGACAAAGGGAGGGUGGAAAUGGCCCUUUUCCUUUUUUGGUUUGGGGAGGGCCGGGGACGAAGAAGAUUGACGGAGGACCCAUAAAUUCCUUUCAAUAAAUCGUGUCUCCUUCACACCACGGAACCAACCUCUCACCCCAUAAUUACAACGAUCUCCACUCAAAGGAAAAAAAGCCUCCUCCCAUCCUUCUCCAUCUCUCAUGGUCUGCUUUCCAAUUUUUUUCCUUCUUUCUGUCACUAACCCACUUUUUCUCUCUAACUGUACUUCUCUUUUCCGCAGUUGCUUCCUCACUUUCAACCAUCUGGCCAUACAAUUUAGCUUUUAUGCCUUUACCAUUUCUACUUUCUUGUCAGCUCACUGUGGUCCGUGGAUGAAGCUUUAUGCAGCAGAUGGAUUAAUCAUUUAAUUGUAUGAUGGGUUCUGUUGAUGACUUUUAAUUCUGCAGUUGUUGGCUUGAGUUAAGGUAUUUGUCAUUGGUUCAUCUAAUUUCAAAAUCUGGUAAGUUCAUGGAGUCUUGGAACUAUAUCUUCGGAGGGAAGGGUUUUGUGUAUGAUGAAUCUAUAUCUGAUAAAAAUGGUUUUAUGGGAUGGGAACUGAAUAUUGGGAACCAGUGUUUAAUGGAACUGGGUUUUUCUGAAGUGGAGAAAAAACCUUGGGUUGAUUCUAGUGAAGAGAAUGAGUCUAACUCCAAAUUCUCUAGCUCUAUAUCUGUGGUUGAAUCUAGUAGCUUAGACUCGUCGGUCAUUGAUCUGAAGCUUUGUGAGUUUCCUACAAAGAAAUCUAAGGCGGGUUUGAGUUCUCUUACUCAGUAUUGCCAAGUUCAUGGUUGCAAAAAGGAUCUAACCUCAUCUAAAGACUAUUACAGACGACACAAGGUUUGUGAGGUUCAUUCAAAGACUGCAAAAGUUAUUGUGAAUGGCAUUGAACAGAGGUUUUGCCAGCAAUGCAGCAGGUUUCAUUUGUUGGGUGAAUUUGACGAUGGCAAGAGAAGCUGCCGCAAACGCUUUGCCGGACACAAUGAACGUAGAAGGAAACCUCAUAUGGGAAUCCAUCCGGGUAGAAAUGGAAGACUAUUGCACUCAUAUAUAGGUAACAGGAUUCAAUGGAAUUCACCAUCUUUUAUAUGUCAAGAUUUAUCCCCAAGUUGCAUCAGUACUCGUGAUCACAAGUACAAUCCAUGCAACUGGAUCAAACAUAUAAAAACCGAAGAUGAAAGUGGCCCGCAGCCUGAAAUUUUCCCCACAAUUGGAAAGCCCGAUGUGGAAUUAACCUUCUCGCAUUUGUUUGAUAAAGAUUGCCAUGCAUAUCCGAUGACUGCAAAAUACUUAUAUGGGCAUGAUCAUGUGGCCUUAAAUUCUAUCUCCGGUAUCUCAUUCCAGAAUAUUUCAUCAGGAAAUAAAGACUUUUCUCAUGGUUAUUCAGCACCGAUUGUUCGAGGGCUUUCAACAACCUCCGGUCAUGCUCCCUCUCUUCUGUCAUCUCAUUCUCAUAUUUGUUCUAGCCACGACGUUUCAAUUGAGGGAAAUCAAGAAUUCCAGGGUCAUAUGCUUGUCAUUAACAGUACUGAUAAUGUGGGCUUUAAGGAAGGGAUUUCUCAAGGGUCGGAAAUGAUGAAUGCCAAAGAUUACAUUCCUUGUGAUGAUGAUGGACGGUUCACCAUGGAUUUGCUUCAAUUGUCCACGCAUGUGAAGCAGAAAAUGGACUCAUUUUAUGGCCUUAGGUGUUAG